GUUGUUUUAAUUUAAAAUACUGAUAAGCCGCUGGCGCACGAAUAUGGAAUGAUGCGAAAAGCUUCUUUUAUUCUCCUCCUAAUACAAAUUGGUAUCACCGGAGGUGAUCAAUGCACCGACUUGGACGCGGUUGGGUGCGCAAACAAUCCAAAUUUGUGCGCGGACCCCAUCUUAGCCAAGGAAGUAUGCGCCAAGUCCUGUAACCUGUGCCCUGGUGGACAGACGUCAACGAUAGCACCAUCAACAACGACUUCGCGAACAACGGCAACAACAAAAUUACCAUCAACAACAAAAUUACACACAACAUCAACAACGACGUCAUCUAGUACUACUGCUGCUACAACGUCUAAGGCUUCAACAACAACGACAACACAACCAACUACUCGUGUUAUACCAGUCGACGGCGCCUGGGGCCGAUGGGGUUCGUGGGACGCCUGUUCCGUUUCCUGCGGGAAAGGUAACAAUAGCCGCUCCCGGAAGUGCAACUCCCCCGCACCUAUGCACGGUGGAAUUGACUGUUCCGGAAGUUCUACCGGCCACAGAGAAUGCCACAUGGGAAGUUGUCCAGUCGACGGCGCUUGGGGUCAAUGGAAUUCGUGGGACGCAUGUUCCGUUUCAUGUGGGAAAGGGCAAAAUAGCCGCUCACGGAAGUGCAGCUCUCCCGCACCUAUACACGGCGGAAGUGACUGUUCCGGAAGUUCUACCGGACACAAAGAAUGCAACAUGGGAAAUUGCCCGGUUGACGGCGCCUGGGGACACUGGAGCUCAUGGGACUCUUGUUCCGUUUCCUGUGGGAUAGGACAAAAUGGCCGCUCCCGGAAGUGCGACUCCCCCGCGCCUAUGUACGGCGGAACGGACUGCUUUGGGAGUGCUUCUGGGCACAGAGAGUGUAACUUGAGAAACUGCCCAGUCGACGGCGCCUGGGAACCUUGGAGUUCGUGGGAAGCUUGUUCCGUUUCCUGUGGGAAAGGCCAAACCGCCCGCCACCGUAAUUGCAACUCCCCCAGCCCCUUUUACGGCGGAAAGGAUUGUUCUGGAAGCUCUAUCGGCCACGGAGAAUGCGACAUGGGAUCCUGCCCGGUCGACGGCGCUUGGGGACACUGGAGCUCAUGGGACGCUUGUUCCGUCUCAUGCGGGAGAGGACAAAAUGGCCGCUCCCGGAAGUGCGACUCUCCCGCACCUGCAUACGGUGGAAGUAACUGUUUGGGGAGUUCUAGAGCGCACAGAGAGUGUAACAUGGGAUCCUGUCCAGUGGAUGGUGGGUGGUCGGAGUGGACAUUGUUUGGCGCGUGCAGUCGCUCGUGUGGUCAAGGCGCCGUUAGGGAGAGGUACCGUCAGUGUAACAAUCCAGUAUCUGCUUUCGGGGGAGCGGAUUGUAGUGGUGAACAUUUCCAGAUAGACAUAUGCCCUGUACAGGACUGCCUAGGCAAGUAUCCGCUGUCAUUUCCUGAUAGACAUAAGCCCUGUACAGGACUGCCUAGGCAAGUAUCAGCUGCUAUUUCCAGAUAG